AUGGGUGACUAUGAUGAAGACACUGCAUUUCUUGGACAGACCGGUCCUUACUUCUGGACCACGUUCUUCCUUCUGAACACAGUUUUUGUGUCAACUGGAUUCAACGGACUUUACAUAGUCUUUGUUGGUGCAGCUCCAAAACACCACUGUUUCAUUCCAGACGUCAACCUGACUGAGGAGUGGAGAGAUGCCAUCAUUCCCUUCAGGAUAGUGGAUGGUGUAGAGGUGCAGAGCCAGUGCAGCAGAUACAAGCUGGAUGUGGUUAGAAAUCUCUCUGCCGAUGGGUACGUUCCUAGAAGGGAUGUUAACCUCAGUAGCAUGGAGCAGGAGGGAUGUUUAGAUGGAUGGAAUUACAGUAAAGAAAUCUACCAAUCUAACAUAGUCACUGAGGUCAGUAUCAGUAAUGUAUAUGUGUGUUUCCUGAAUGAGGUGUUAGUUAUGAGGAAAUGUCAGUUCUGAAAAUGUUUCUCUUUGUUUGAAAUGUACAUAAUUCACAUCUUUUCACAGUGGGAUCUUGUUUGUGACAAUCAGUGGAAAGUUCCUUUUGCAUCCUCGACUCUCUUUGUGGGAUACCUUUUUGGGUCCCUAAUCUCAGGCCAGCUCUCUGACAGGUUUGGGAGGAAGAAGGUUGUUUUCAUCUCACUUGGGGCCCAGUGUGUCUCAGUCAUGCUUCAGUCCUUCUCCCAUUCAUGGAGGAUGUUUUGUAUAAUGUUCCUCUUUGUUGGAGCCUCACAGAUUUCCAUCUAUAUUUCUGCAUUUGUACUAGGAACGGAGUUAUUAAGUAAAACCAUGCGUGUACUCUUCACAACUCUUGGGGCCUUCCUUUUCUAUUGCAUUGGGUAUAUGACACUACCUUGGAUUGCAUAUGGCAUCAGAGAGUGGAGGACUCUUCUUGCUGUUUUGUCUGCAACCUCUGUGGUCUACAUCCCACUGUGGUGGUUCAUCCCUGAGUCUCCACGGUGGCUGAUCACACAGGGAAAAUGGAAGGAAGCCGAGCUCAUAGUGAGAGAGGCUGCAAGGAAGAAUAAAGUUCAGGCACCACCUGUAAUCUUUAAAGAAUCUGAGCUACAGACAAUGCCUCUUAACAGGACGUAUACCAUGCUUGAUAUUCUGAGAUCCAAGAACAUCAGAUGCAUUACAUUAAUGUGUCUCAUUUUGUGGAUGGCAAUAAACAUUGGAUAUUUCGGUUUAUCUUUGAACACCUCCAACCUUAGUGGUAAUCCCUUCAUGAACUGUUUUUUAUCAGCUACUACUGAGGUCCCUGCCUAUGUUGUGUCUACAUGGCUCCUGAAGAAAUGUCCAAGAAGAGCACUUCUGUCAUCAUUCCUUGUCAUCGGAGGAGGAGUCCUGCUGCUCAUCCAGUUCAUCCCUGAUACCCUUCAGCAUGUAGCUCUGGCACUGGAAAUGACUGGGAAGUUUGGCUUCACCAUGGCGUUCAGCAUCGUCUACAUCUACACAGCUGAGAUCUAUCCCACUGUGCUGAGGAAUGUCGGCAUGGGAGUGUGCUCCUCGGCCGCACGCAUUGGCAGUAUCACAGCUCCUUACGUCAUCUAUUUGGGUACUUAUAACAAGGUUCUGCCUUAUAUUCUCAUGGGAAGUCUCACAAUUGCUUCAUCUGUGGCUAACUUCUUCCUUCCGGAGACCCUCAAUAAAGAUCUUCCAGAAACAGUGGAGCAGAUGCAAGAAUGUCAGGGGUAG